AUGUCGAACUCAAUCGAUAGUGUGAUUGAAAAUAUCAAUCUGACUAUAAUUUGGAUUAAUCACAUUGCUCCUAUCUUACAAAUUGUUUUUGGAACAUGUGGAAAUAUUUUCAACAUAAUUGUGUUCACUCGGUCGACAUUACGCAGCAAUCCAUGUUCAAUGUAUUUUCUGGCUGCUUCGAUCAGCAACUUAUUUGAGAUCUAUGUGGCGAUUCUUCAUCAAUAUCUUUCAAACACAUGGAAUUGGGACUACGCAACUAUCAAUAAUCCUUUGUGUAUACUACGUAACUGGGUGGCAAAUCCUGUCUUCUGUCUCGUAUUAUGGUUCAUUGUUCUAGCAAGUUUCGAUCGAUAUCUCUUAAGUUCACAUGAUGCGCGAAUUCGUGUGAGGGAGGGUGUGGGCGUGGGUCGAUCAUUCCGACAACUGGAUCCGUUGAAACCUGAGUCGGUUCCGGUACAGCUCUUCUCGAUUCCGGCCGGAAUUGCACAGGAAAUAUCCGAUCAGUUCCUGACCGUUUCCAGCUCGAAGUUUGCAGGAAACGGUCGGGAAAUAACUGGAACCUACGUUUCAACUUCCGGCCGGAAUCCGGUGGCAAGGAAAUGGUCGGAGAACGAACCUAACCGGCCGGAAUCGACCGUGCCAUAA